UGGGAGGUCAGCGGCUUAGUCGCGCUUGGGACGAGCUGAUUCCCAGCGCCGGAGGCCGUGAGGACCCUCUGCCCCGGGGCGCCGCGUGCCGGGCGAUGGAGACUGCAAGGAAGCGUCCCUCAGGACCGGAGCCGUGGAAACGGCAGGCGCCCGAGCCGGGGGAGGAAGACGCGGCGGACGAGGAGGGGCGGGGAAGAGCGAGGGAGGAGCGGCCGGAAACGUCGCGGCGGGCGGGACGUCCCGGCGGCGCCCUGGUCACCAUGGCGGGCCUGGACCCCGAGCCGGCGGUCCCCGUGUGGCUGACCGAGGACGACCUGGGCUGCAUCAUCUGUCACGGGCUGCUCGCCUCGCCCGCCACGCUGCCCUGCGGCCACAGCUUCUGCCUGGACUGCCUGAAGGGCCUGUGGGUGUGCGCGGGCGCCGGGCGCCACCGGUCCUGCCCCACCUGCCGCCAGGGCGUCGCGCCGCGGCUGCAGCUGCGCAAGAACACGCUGCUGCAGGACCUGGCGGACAAGUACAGCCGCGCGGCGCGCCAGCGGGAGGCCGGCCCCGGCCCCAACUCCGGCUCCGACUCGGACUCCGCGCCCGGCGCCCAGGCCGCGCCCCGGGCCCCACGCUGUGCUGCUCCGCUGCCGGUGGUGGUACGGAAGAGCCUCACAGAAGCCGGUCGGGACCUGGCAGAGCUGGUGGAACAGCUUUUAGACAUUGUCAAGGGCCUUCAGAGUGAGAGUCACCUCCCAGAACCUGGACCAGACAAUGAAGCUUUUUCUGGUGGGGUGGACCUUUCCUUGGCCUCUCCAAAGCUAGAGGCUUCCAACACACCUGAGAGAAGAAUGAGAAACAUUCUGCACAACCUAGAAGAAAUCCAGGAAAAAUUAUGGGAAAACUUCACAUGGAAGGAGGCCCUUGAACAAAGGGAGGAAUCUCCACCUUCCUCUGCAUGCCCACUGCCUGACCAGAGCCGCCCUGCACCCAAGAAGGUCUCCUGCUUUGAUCAGUGGGCCAUCAGUCCGACCUUUGACCUGCAGAGCCUCUCCUGCAGCCUGGAGGUGUCCAAGGACUGCCAGACAGUGACUGUAUGUCACUACCCACAGGCCUACCCCUGGAGUCGGGAGAGAUUUGUGACCUGCCAGGUCUUAUGUUCCCAGGCCUUCUCUUCUGGGCAGCAGUACUGGGAAGUGGACACUCAGAAUUGCAGCCACUGGGCAGUUGGUGUGGCUUCCUGGGGGAUAAACCGCCACCAGAUCCUGGGAAGGACCAGGGAUUCCUGGUGUGUAGAGUGGAAGGGGACUAGCCAACUCUCUGCAUGGCACAUGAUCAAGGAAACUGUCCUCGGCUCAGAAAAACCUAGGGUUGUGGGCAUCUGGCUGGACCUCAAGGAGGGGAAGCUUGCCUUCUAUUCAGUGGCUAAUGACCAGAAGCUUCUGUUUGAGUGCCCAGUCUCUGCCUCCUCUCCUCUGCGCCCUGCCUUCUGGCUGUAUGGCUUACAACCCGGAAACUCUCUGACUAUAAGGCCAGUAAAGGUGUAAAGGUUCCUCAGGUAUUUCCUGGUCUCUCUCUCUCUGCCUCCAAUCAGGGUGGUGACUUGACAGGAAUCCCACUUCUGAAGGACUAUGCAGUAAAGGGUUUACUCUGCAAGCUUGGGUGUUCAAACUCUGCACAUUUCAAAGAAAAGAUGGGCCCUCAACUGUCUUCUGGGAAGUAACCUCUAAGCCCUUGGAAUAUCCUGACUGAUCAAAGUGUCUUUGUUUACCUGGGGAUCUGGGGCAGCAGCUUGACCUCUGGAUGGGUCAGCCACAGGGGAGUGAGGCCUACCUACAUGACCAACCCCCAGUAAAAGGCUUGGACAACAAGGCCAGGGUGAGUAUUUCCUGGUUGGUAGUACUCCCUGGGCAUUGUCACACAUUGUUGCUGGGAAAUUAAGCAUUGUCCAUACAACUCACUGGGAGAGGUAACUGGUGUCUUCUGGCUCUUGCCCUGUGUGCUUUUUCUAUUGCUAAUUUUAAUCUCUGUCCUUUCACUGUAAUAAACUGUAACCAGGA